CAAAGUCUGCUCCAUAAAGAAAUGGUUUUCCAGUCUGAUGCGUGAGAACCUGACCUCAGCCCCAUUCCAACAGCUCUGGGGUGAACUGGACUGUUGGAGGACGUACUGCUGGACUUCAGAAAAACAGGAUCAAUGAGACCAUCAAUAGUUGAGAAGAGGAUUCUGGGAUUGUUGCAGUUUUUCUCUUCAAGAGACAGAAGAGUCGAUCAUGAGAGCUGAUGGAGGAGCUGACUGAUGGAGGUGACAGCUUCUAACUGCCCAAUGGAGAAAUACGAAAAGCUGGCCAAGAUUGGCGAGGGAUCCUACGGUGUGGUGUUCAAGUGCAGACACAGAGACACGGGACAGAUAGUCGCCAUCAAGAAGUUUGUGGAGUCAGAAGAUGACCCGGUGAUUAAGAAGAUCGCACUGAGAGAAAUACGUAUGCUGAAGCAGCUGAAACAUGUGAAUCUGGUCAACCUGCUGGAGGUCUUCAGGAGGAAGAGACGGCUCCACUUGGUGUUUGAGUUCUGUGAACAGACUGUCCUCAAUGAGCUGGACAAACACCCACGAGGGGUUCCCGAGGCUCAGCUGAAGAGUAUAGCGUGGCAGACUCUGCAGGCUGUCAACUUCUGCCACAAGCACAAUUGCAUCCACCGUGAUGUGAAGCCGGAGAACAUCCUCCUGACCAAAGCCGGAGUCAUCAAGCUCUGCGACUUUGGCUUCGCCCGCAUUCUGACGGGACCAGAGGAUGAUUACACGGACUACGUAGCGACGCGCUGGUACCGGGCCCCUGAACUGCUGGUUGGGGACACUCAGUACGGGCCCCCUGUGGAUGUGUGGGCUCUGGGCUGCGUCUUUGCUGAGCUACUCCAUGGGAAUCCACUGUGGCCCGGGAAGUCUGACGUUGACCAGCUCUACCUCAUCCGAAAAACUCUAGGUGACCUGAUCCCUCGCCACCAGCAGGUCUUCCACUCUAACAUUUUCUUCAGUGGAGUCAGUAUUCCUGAGCCUGACACAACGGAGCCCUUGGAAAAGUGUUUCCAUGCAGUGUCUCCUCAUGCCCUCCAGGUUAUGAAGUCAUGCCUGGUGAUGGACCCCUCUCUCCGGCUGUCCUGUGAAGAGCUGCUGGAGCUGCCUUACUUCCAGGAAGAAGGAGGAGCCAACUGGGCCCGAGAGGGCGAGCGCCCAGGAAGACGGCAUGACAAAGGCUCCCGACGCAGACAGGCAGGGGCACAGUACCUGCCUCAGUUACCAAACAGCAACAUCUCACCAGCACUGGACGUCAAGAAACAAGUGAAGCAUAAAUAUCACCUGCCCAACAUUUAACAAAGCAACAGACCGGCCUGGAAUCUGGUGGCUGAGCUGAGAAGCGUGGACUGUGUUGUGCUUUGUGCAGUCGUUUGAAUACAGUCCAAUCUGAAUACGCAUCCUGUAUAUUCUUGGUGUGAGAGUGAGAAAGACGUGAGAAACACGUUCACUUCCUCAGAGAUCUUCACUUCAUAUUCUUUCCAUAACAAACAGUAGUUGGGGUGUUUCCAGUUGCAGGUUAGGUGACACACUUACAGCACUAUUACUAAAGGACGCACAUUUCACGUGGUCAGCGGUGAAGACAGCACAAGGAGCACUGCAUUUUUACACCUCUUUAAAAUCAUAGGUAAGAGUUUCCAAUGUGCCUUCAUCACUUGGACACCAGCAGCAGAUCCCCAUGCAGGUUCAUACUUUGCAUACACUGAAUUGCAUUCAGGUAAAGUACAGCAUUUUGUGGAUGUAUUCUGCUUUAACCUGCUGACGCCUGCUUCAUGCUGAUGCUGUGACUGUGGAAUUUAUUUCUUUUCACUAUUUCUGCUUUUUUCUCAUUUUAUUCCUCAUGAAGUACACACCUACAGCAAGUUUCUCUCAGUAAUAGUAACGAAUAAUUUUUAAAUUUUAAUGUUCUGAUAACCUGAAACAGUCAGCUUCAGUGACAAAUGAUUAGGUUACCAGAGCCGAUGUAUUAGAACACAUAAAGUUAUUAUCUGAUGAUUAAAAUAUUAAUUUAAUAUUAUUCAGUGAUUUGUGUUUCAUUUACAGUUUUUCUUUCUUCUAAUUCCUCCAAAUGGAGGUCAGAGGCCAGGGACCGGUGUGGACCACCGUCACACUGACAGUGAACUUUAGAGAGAAACAUCCACAUCUGCUGUAAUACGUUAUCGAUAUGUUGCUUUUUAAAAAUCUGUGAAAUUACCAGAGGUUUGUUUGUGUCUUUGUUUGUCACAUGAUCCCCACAGACCACCGGCCAUGUUAUCAUGCUAUAUCCUGAUAAACAGGUACAGUGAAUGAUUCCCUGUUAUCCUGGAAAUGUCAAUUGCACAAAAUUCAAUGUCCCAUAGGACACUUGGUCAAGGGGUCCCACUGUCAGAGCCUCCGCAUUCAGUGACUAAACUAUAUUUACUGUAUUUUUGAUGUUUUUCUUUGUUUACUUUUUUUCCUGUACACUGCAGACUUCGCCUGCUGUCAGCCCACAGAACUUUAAACAGAACUUCACAGUUAUGGUUAACCUGCAACAUGUCACAAAUGCCCCGUGUGGUGCAGAUGCUGCGUACGAGGAGGGGCCGCUGUCUCACACUCUG